GAUAGAUGAUACUGAAAGAAGGGUUGGGUGUUCACCGUUCACCGUCCACCGGGUACAAAUGGCUGCCGGUCGGUGUCUUGACCGUUAAUUCGUGCCGAACGUUUGCUGAACAAGCACCGGACAUCGAAAAAAAAAUGAAACACACCCACUUACUUAGUUUUUUGCUAUUCCUUUGUGCAACCACAACUCAUUCAACGAAAAUAAGCCUGGAAGACAUAGAAAUCGAUAAUUUAAAAUCAGAAAAAAAAGCCCGUACUCCAAUAACUGCCGCUUCAUCUCCAACACAAUAUGGAUUCGUACCAACCAAAACUUUACAGAAUUAUAUUCAAAAAUCCCCAAAACCACAAUACGUACAGCCCACUUAUGCUGCACCAACUUAUCAAAAUUACCAAAACACACCAAAAAUACCAUUGAUUGGACCUCAACAGUACUACUUGCCUAAACAGUACCCAACUGGACAAGAUCAACCUCAACAGUACUACGGCACCCCACAACAAUAUCAACAAUAUGAGAACGUUCAAUUUGUAACUGAUAACAGUAUUCAACAUCAAAGCCACCCUCAACAGUACGUUUACUUGCAACAGUACCCAGCUUCAAGUACUUCCAUUCAAACCAUUGUGGAUCCUAAAUCAGGCCAGCUCCAAUACGUAAUGUACGUACCCUCAUUGGCUGCUCCGACACAACAAGAACAAACACAAGAAGUUGUGUAUCAACAACAACCUGAGUAUUCUCAAGAAACUACUCAAGAGCAGUAUGCUCCACAAUACGUAGAAGAGAAACCAUUCCUGCCUGCCUCACAGGCGCCUUUGCAUUACGAAGGCAGCAGAACGCAGUACAUCCAACCUAGGCAACCCAAAAGUCUUUUGGACUCAUACGUACCUUCUUACCUACAGAUUCAAUAUUACAAGCAACAGCAACAACAUUUGGCUAACUCUGUAGCUCAUUCUCAAAAACUUAACUAUCCUAUUGUAGGUAAAACGGAGUAUGUUAAGAGUUACAAGCCAGGUAAUACUUUUAAAAGAAGAGCAUAAUUUCUUUUUUUAUUGUAAAAGCCUACGAGUAUUAUGGUAUGCUUCAGCCAGUUAUUGUUUAUUUGUUUGAGUUAUUUAUUUUAUAUAUUUA